AUGUCAGUCAUAAAACACUUCAAAAGAGAACUGUUCUCCUCAGGAUGGAAUGAUAUAUCGUGGCACAACGAGGGAAUCAUAACUCCAAACCUGCAGAAGCUUUAUGAUUCCGGGGUAAGGCUGACGAACAAUUAUGUUCAGCCGUUGUGCACCCCGACGCGUUCGGCGUUGAUGACGGGCUACUAUCCAUACCAUCUAGGAAGACAGAAAAGUGUGUUAGAUUACGCAACGCCCACUGGACUUACUCUAAACAGAACUCUCCUGCCAGAGAAGCUCUCAGAAUUAGGCUACAGGACCCAUGGAAUUGGCAAAUGGCACUUAGGGUUUUGUGACUGGGACUACACACCACUUCGCAGAGGUUUCGAUACAUUUUAUGGUUUCUACCAAGGAGCGGAGGACUACUAUACACACACAAUUGAAGGAGGAUACGAUUUCCGCGACCUUGAACGUGUGGCGUAUGAGGCCAACAACACCUACUCCUCGUUUUUGUUCGGUGAUCGAGCUGUUGAAAUUAUCUAUGAAGAAGCCGAAAAGGAAGGACCAUAUUUUCUGUAUCUGGCGCUUCAAAACAUACACACGCCCAGACAGGUUCCGGAAGAGUUUCUCGAGUAUUACCCAGAUGAUGAUCCUGAGACGCAAAUCUAUAACGGGAUGAUAAGUGCAAUGGACGAAGUCGUAGGACGCGUCGUUGAGGCACUGCGAUCUACGGGGCAAGAAAACAACACUGUGCUCAUCUUUUCCUCAGACAAUGGUGGAGUUACAGGAGAGAAGAAUGCUCCACUCCGAGGGAAAAAAGGAACACUCUGGGAAGGUGGGACAAGAGUUCCAGCGUUGAUGUACAGUCCAGUGCUUGAAAACACGCCACGGGAAUACAGUGGUCUUUUGCACGUCACUGACUGGCACAACACCCUCCUGGCCGUCGCUGGGGCCAGCAUCUUCCCGGAAAAUGACGGAUUCAAUCAGUGGGAGGCACUGAGGACUGGCCUGCCUGUGUAUCCAAGAGAUUCUUUCAUCUACAACCUAGACUAUGAGGACAAUGAAGCCAAAGGAGCUAUCAGGUAUGCAUGUUGCAAUGUAACAGCAAUUGUAGCAGCACGGAUGAUUCCUGGUGUUUCAAGUACAUUCGGUUCUGUCCUCAAUCCUCUUAAAACUUCAUGUGCCAUUUCCAAAGAAAGAAACAAGACACAAUGCAAUGUUUUAUCGACUAAAGAGUAGCUUUGCCCAUGCUCA